AAUAAUAUUGAAGAAUAUGACAUCACAACCUGUUACCCGGAUGAAGCGGGAAAGGCGAGGCGUGCACCUACGGUGGAUAGCUAGUUAGCUAGUUCUUUGCAUGCAGUAAGAUCCCAACCUGCACUUGAAACAUGGCAAGCAAACCGGUAUGGGAACAAAUAGGCGCCGGCUUCGUACAACAUUAUUACCAACAGUUUGAUUCUGACAGAACCAAACUCGCCGACCUCUAUACUGAUGCCUCAUGUUUAACAUGGGAAGGAGUUGGUUUCCAAGGCAACAAAGCAAUUAUGGAGAAAAUCACGAGCUUACCAUUUCAGGCAAUCCAGCACAGCAUCACUGCUCAGGACCAUCAGCCGACUCCAGACAGCUGUGUUAUGAGCAUGGUGAUGGGACAGCUAAAGGCUGAUGCAGACCAGGUGAUGGGCUUUCAACAAACAUUCCUGCUGAAAAACGUGGACAACAAAUGGAUCUGCACGAAUGACAUGUUCAGAUUGGCACUACAUAACUUCGGUGCUUGAGAGGAAACAGAAGGAUCACGUACAUUCCAGAGUUAGCUUUUUAUAUUACACUUUAACAUUACAUGUAUGUGUUUUGUUAGAGAAUGAUUGUCAGAUUAUUUUGUCUUCAACAAACUUGUUAACCAGUUAUUCUAUUUUGGGAGGAAAUUAAAAGACAAAUGUGUUGUUGACAGUUAAACUGCAGAUUGUGUUGUUACUGUGGUUAUUGAUGUCCAGACAUUGUGCACAAAGAAAUGUUUCUGUUAGUUUGAAUAAUAACAGAAUAGGGCUAACUAUCUCUAUAUUUUAAGUUCCCAUUAUUGGAUAAUGUUUCAUUAUUACGGGCCAUGCUUCGAUAUUAAGACCAUACUGUUUCCAUUAAAGGAAAUGGAUAAUCCUCUGCA